AUGAUAAUGAGUGGAGGUUUGUCUGGCAACUACAACUCCAUAAAAUCCAUAAAACGAGAGGGGUACAACAAUAAAAGCUUAGAGGAGGUUUAUAGUUUUGAUGUUGUUCUUAAUUCAGAGGAUAUUGGCCUUGUAAGGGCGGGAGGCAUGGAAGAAGAGGAUUCAUAUCCUUAUACUGGAAAAAAAGGUGAAUGCAAAUUCAAGCCAGAGAAAGUAGCUGUUAAAGUUGUGAAUUUCACCAAUGUCCCUACAUAUGAGAAACAAAUAGCUGCAAACCUAGUCCACCACGGCCCUCUUGCAAUUGGAUUGAAUGCUAUUUUCAUGCAAACAUACAUCAGCGGGGUCUCGUGUCCACUUGUUUGUGGCAAGAGAAGGAUCAACCACGGCGUGUUGCUUGUAGGGUACGGUUCGAAAGGUUUCUCUAUUCUUAGGUUUGGCUAUAGACCAUAUUGGAUCAUCAAGAACUCAUGGGGAAAUAAAUGGGGAGAGCACGGUUACUACCACCUUUGCCAAGGUCAUGGCAUGUGCGGAAUGAACACAAUGGUCUCUGCCGUCAUGACUCAAACCUCCUCCUGAAGAAUGAUGCAAUUCUCCUCACAUGGUUAGAAAGAGCCGAGUACAAUAGAUGUUAUGCCUCUAUAUCUUGUAGCUUGUUUGAUCUUUAUGCUUGCCUAGCUUUGAAAGAGUAAAGGGUAUAAUACUUGACUGUUUUUUUUGUUUUUUGUUUUUUUACUUUUGUUGGGUAGAGGUUGUGAUGUCUAGAGAAAUAUAAAAAACAUAUAUUUACUCCGUCAACAAUGCUCAAUGAGACUGACA